AUGGAUGGUGAGGGCAGCUUAAACCCGAGCCUGCAGCCUCAGAGACCUCAGGCGAAGCCCUGGAGGAUUGGCGGACAGAUGUGUGAAGAGAUAUUACUGCUCUGUGAGCAGGGUGGUGCCUCCUCAAACAUGUCUGGACUCUGGGCACAGAUGCAUUCCAAGGACCCCACUGAAAGCCUGAUUGGGAGGAACCAGAGUUCUGUCCUGGAAUUUGUCCUCUUGGGUUUUUCCCAUGUUCCCAGGCUGAAGCUACUUCUCUUUGUGUUGUUUCUGGGGAUGUUUCUAAUCACAAUACUGGGAAAUGGUCUCAUUGUAUUCCUGUCUAUGGUUGACGCUGCCCUCCACACACCUAUGUAUUUUUUCCUCCGGAAUUUGGCCCUGGUGGAGAUCUGCUUCUCCUUGGACAUUGUGCCCAGGAUGCUAGAAAGCCUGGUGGCUGAUAGGAGCAUCUCCCUGCCAGGCUGUGCCCUCCAGCUCUUUCUCAUUCUGUCCUGUGUCACAUCAGAGUGUUUCCUCCUGACCGUGAUGGCUUAUGACCGCUAUGUGGCCAUCUGCCACCCACUGCACUACGGGGUCCUCAUGAGUCAGCAGCUCUGUCUCCUUCUGGCUGUGGCAUGCUGGGUAGCAGGCAUUCCCGUUUCCCUGCUCUUCACCAUUUGGCUCUUUCGCUUCCCUUUUUGUGGGCCCCGAGGGGUUCGCCACUUCCUCUGUGAUGUGGCACCACUCCUGAGGCUGGUGUGUGCGGACACUUCUGUCUUUGAAGCCUACAUCCGGGUAGCUACAGUUCUUGUUCUAAUGGUCCCCUUCUCCCUCAUCACUGUGUCCUAUGGCCGCGUUCUGGCUGCUGUGGCACGCAUGCCUUCCGCCACUGGGCGCCAUAAGGCCCUGUCCACAUGUGCUUCCCAUUUUCUUGUUGUGACUCUCUUUUAUGGCACAGCUUGUGUCAUCCACCUCCAGCCCAAGUCCACCUACUCUCCUGAGAGCAAGCAAGUUGUGUCCUUGUCCUACACCCUUGUCACUCCCAUGCUCAACCCCAUCAUCUACAGCCUGAGGAACAAGGAGGUUAAAGCUGCUCUCUGCAGGGUUUUAGGCAGAAAAAAAGGGAAUGCCUAG